AUGUCGCGGUACGGGAAUCCUGUGUUGGUAAUUGAUGGACACAGAUUCCGCAAGGUGGGAGGCUUCAACGAAUUGAAAAUACCAAAAAAUCCUAGAAGAAGAACAAACCGUACCACAUGGCGAUGCAUCAAAUCGGACUCUGGCUGUAUGAGUUAUGCAAUUACUAUGUUCGAUAAAGUCAUAGCCAUUGGACAUACUCAUCAACAUAGCGAACCGAAACGUACUCGUAAACGAAUAAAGUGUUCAUCUCUUCCUGCUCUGUACAAUAAUGGGACUUCAUUGGAGUCAUUGUUUGAAUCGAUAUUCUGCUAG